AUGUAUUGGAAAAGCGAGCAGAUGUUUGUGUGUAAACUAGAAGAAAAGGACGUGCCGGAGCUGGCAGUUCCUCCCGAGAAGUGCCAGGGGCUCAUGUCAGAGGAGUGCGGGCGGACUGCAGCCCUGGCGGCCGGGAGGACUCGGAAAGGCGCCGGGGAAGAGGGACUGGUGAGCCCCGAGGGAGUGGGGGACGAGGACUCGUGCUCCUCCUCGGCCCCACUGUCCCCGUCGUCCUCGCCCCGGUCCAUGGCCUCGGGCUCCGUCUGCCCCCCUGGCAAGUGUGUGUGCAACAGCUGCGGCCUGGAGAUCGUGGACAAGUACCUUCUCAAGGUGAAUGACCUGUGCUGGCAUGUUCGGUGUCUCUCCUGUAGUGUCUGCAGGACCUCCUUAGGAAGGCAUACCAGCUGUUAUAUUAAAGACAAAGACAUUUUCUGCAAACUUGAUUAUUUCAGAAGGUAUGGAACUCGCUGCUCUCGUUGUGGGAGGCACAUCCAUUCUACUGACUGGGUCCGGAGGGCCAAGGGGAAUGUCUAUCACUUGGCGUGCUUUGCCUGCUUUUCUUGCAAAAGGCAACUUUCCACAGGAGAGGAGUUUGCUUUGGUAGAAGAGAAAGUCCUCUGCAGAGUGCAUUAUGACUGCAUGCUGGAUAAUUUAAAAAGAGAAGUGGAAAAUGGUAAUGGGAUUAGUGUCGAAGGCGCCCUCCUCACAGAGCAAGAUGUCAAUCAUCCAAAACCAGCAAAAAGAGCUCGAACAAGCUUUACAGCAGAUCAGCUCCAGGUUAUGCAAGCACAAUUUGCUCAGGACAACAACCCAGAUGCACAGACCCUCCAGAAACUGGCAGAAAGGACAGGCUUGAGCAGACGUGUGAUACAGGUGUGGUUUCAGAACUGUAGAGCACGCCACAAGAAACACGUCAGUCCUAAUCACUCCUCCUCUGCCCCAGUCACAGCAGUCCCGCCCUCCAGGCUGUCUCCACCCAUGUUAGAAGAAAUGGCUUAUUCUGCCUAUGUGCCCCAAGAUGGGACAAUGUUAACUGCGCUGCAUAGUUAUAUGGAUGCUCAUUCACCAACAACCCUUGGACUCCAGCCCUUGUUACCCCAUUCAAUGACACAACUGCCAAUAAGUCAUACCUAA